AUCGUACAAUAUCCCAUCAACGAAUCUUGAAGAGAUCGGUUCAAGCAGUUGGGCUGCAAAAUUAGAAGACCUGAAACGUAAGACUCAAAGAAGAUAUUCCAGCCCGAUUCGACGAAUAGUGAGUACAAGAGUUAGUGUGUUAGUAAGCCGUAUCGAAAGAUUGAAGACAAACAAAGGCCUCGAUGAAAGACUUGGUGUUCUUAUUGUAGAAAAGGAAACCAUGACAUUAGAACAAAUCAUAGAAGUCCAGGAAAUGGUUGAUGAAACCAUAAGAGACCAUAGUCUUUAUGACCCACAAGCCCUAGAAUAUUUUUUUAAAAUAUUAACAGAUGUUAGCCAGGAUAACAACCCCGAUGUAUUCGAUGCCUACUACGACGAAUCUGCAGAAGAACCCCUUGAAAGUAUUGCUUUCAGCUCUAAAGAAGAAGAACGAGAAACCGAAUUGGAAGUUCUUCUUCAAAAGCUCAUCACCGAAUCUGAAGAAAAAAAUAACGACUUACCCGACGAUCGUAUAAAGGUUGCUAGAAUAGGAGGUGCCAAAGAAAUAUACCCAGUUGGACCUUACUGCGAAGAAGAUGGAGUUAAGGAGGUUAAAGAAAAAAAAGAAAUCGAAGUUGAAAAAGAAGAGGCUAGAGUUGAAAAGAACAAAGAAAAAGAAGUUGAAGUUAAAAGAGAAGAAAAGGAAGAAACUAAAGAAGAAAAAAGAGAAAAGUAUGAGGAAAACAUACCUGCGAGAAUCGGAAAAAUCUUAGGUGAAACCGAAGAUGAAGACGAUGACAAUGAAGCUGAUGAAGAUGAAGAAGAUAACGAUGACAACGAUGAAACGAUUGUAGAUAAAGAAGAUAAUGAAAAGAAAGAAGACGUAAAAGAACUUACCAAAAAAAGUAAAGACCUGGAUUACGCCUGCGAAUCGUGGAUAAAGAAAGUUGAAAGAUUUAGAAAAGACGGUGAUUCGAAAGAACAAUUCGAUCCUGGUGGGUUUGACCAAAGCAGAAUAAUAGUGGAAAAGGAUUUGGAAAAAGCUAAUGAAAAUCCCGAUGUUCGACACUGCCCUGGUCAAGUCGUAAAAGAAAAGGAAGGCACAAGGCUGAAGAGGUUAAGAAACAGCCAAUGCAUAUCUAGAAACCCGACGAAAGGACUUGCCCUAUACUUACCACAGUGGAAUGAAACUCGCGUAUAUGACCCUGGAGGAAAACAACGAUGA